AUGGCUGGAAACUUUUGGCAAAGUUCUCACCAUCAACAAUGGAUUUUAGACAAACAAGAUCUCAUACGAGAUCGCCAGCACGAUUUAGCUAAAUUGACGGAAGAGGAAUAUCAAAAAAUAUUCAAUUUCUUUGCUAGCAUAAUACAAGUACUAGGCGAACAGUUAAAAUUGCGUCAGCAAGUAAUAGCGACCGCUACUGUUUACUUUAAAAGAUUCUAUGCAAGAAAUUCAUUGAAAUGCAUAGAUCCGUUGCUUCUAGCUCCUACCUGCGUUUUUCUGGCAUCAAAAGUAGAAGAAUUUGGUGUUAUUUCUAAUUCAAGAUUAAUAACAACAUGUCAAACAGUUAUUAAGAAUAAGUUCAGUUAUGCUUAUGGCCAGCAGGAAUUUCCUUACAGAACUAAUCAUAUUUUAGAGUGUGAAUUCUAUUUACUGGAGAACUUAGACUGUUGUCUGAUUGUGUAUCAACCAUACAGACCCCUGUUACUCUUUGUUCAAGACAUUGGCCAAGAUGAUCAACUUCUUACCUAUGCUUGGAGGAUUGUUAAUGAUUCUUUACGAACUGAUGUUAGCUUACUUUAUCCCCCCUAUCAGAUUGCGAUAGGAGCACUUCAUAUAGCAUGUGUAAUGCUAGGCAAGGAAAAUUUAAAGCCUUGGUUUGCCGAAUUAAAUGUUGACAUGGACAAGAUCCAAGAAAUAGUAAGACUAAUUAUCAACUUAUAUGAAAUGUGGAAAAGCUAUGACGAAAAGAAAGAAAUCCAGGGCCUUCUAGGAAAAAUGCCAAAACCUAGUCCAGCACCUCAAAGAUAA